AGUAAAAAACGCGAAAUAAAAAUUUAUAAUCUAUUUUUAAUACGCAUGAGCAUAUACUACAUUUUUCUCCUUUCCAGAAACAAUGAAUGAAAGAUUGGGAAUAUUUCAGGCACAGCAUAUUAUUCCAUUAUCUAUGAAGUUAACCUCGAAUAUUUUAAAUUUAAAAAAGAGUUCUUGUAAAUAAACUAAAAAGAACUUUAAGAAUUGGCCAAAAUGUACAGUCCUCCGUCGCAAUUAAUUUUUCACAAAAUUUGCCGAAUUUGUCUUAACGAAUCAAAAGAGUUGUUAAACAUCUUUUCUACAAAUUGUAGGAAUUUUAUCCAGCAACUUUCUUCAGUCCAAAUCCAUGUGAACGACCAUCUACCACAAAACAUAUGCAAUAGCUGUGUAGGUAAACUAAAUGAGUUGAUAGAAUUUAAAGAACAAAUUGAAAAUAGUGAUCGAGUGCUUCUUGAAGUAUUAAGCAUCUCACAAUCAGAGGUAGGAAAAGAACCUAAUAAUUGUGAAUUGGACACAAUUCUAAGCAAAAAGGAUUCAAGUAACCAUGAAUUAUUUGCCAAAGAAUCUAAUAAUUGUGAAUUGGACACAAUACUAAGCAAAAAGGAUUCAAGUGACCAUGAAUUAUUUGCCCAAUCAACUUCAAAAGUUUUUUGUAGUAUAUGCAGCUUGAGUUUUGUUGAUAAUCAGCUGCAAGAAGCACAUAAUGACACAUUUCAUCCCAAAGAUGAUUUACAUUUUUGUCACAUUUGCACCAAAAAUGUUAGUAAGGAAUAUAAGAAAAAUUCUCUAAAAAGACAUUUAUAUAGUCAUAGAAAGGAAGUCAAAUACUCUUGUGAUGUGUGCGGGAAAAUCUGUAAAAGUCUGUUUGAUCAGAAACUGCAUAUGAGACAACAUAAAGGGGUAGAACCAGCCAUUUGUAAUAUUUGCAUGAAGUCCUUUGCAACCCCUAGAUAUCUUAGAAAACAUAUGAUUAUACAUAAGUCUGAAAAACCACAUACUUGCAAAAUAUGCGAUAAAUCUUUUGCUCGAAAAUUCAGUUUGAGAAUUCAUCUCAGAAGCCAUACAAUGGAGAAAAAGUACAUGUGUACCGACUGUGGCAAAACAUUCCGAUAUAGCCACAAUUUGACCAUCCACUGUCGCCAACAUUCGGGAGAAAAACCCUACAAGUGUAAGAUCUGCAGCAACGCAUUCCACUCCAGUUCAAUUUUAAGAGCUCACAUGCUAAUACAUACGGAUCAUAAAAAGUUCAUUUGCAAUGCAUGUGGCAAAAAGUUUAAACGAUCCGGCGACGUAAAGAUACACAUGAGAAGUCAUACAGGGGAGAAGCCCUAUGCGUGUACCAUAUGUUUAAACAGAUACAAAAUGGCUUCACACCUAACGGAUCAUAUGAAAACUCAUAAAGGUGAAAAAGAUCACAAAUGUGGUGACUGUGGCAAGGCAUUUUAUGAUCAGAAAACUUUAAACAUUCAUAGAAAAUGCCACAGUGGAGAAAGGUCCUUCAUUUGCGAUUUAUGUGGUAAAUCAUUUAUACAUCAAAGCUCGCUUAGUGCACAUGUUAAAAGAACACAUAAAUCAGAAACUCUGAGACACUGACUAUAUAUAUUUCUUAUUUGAUUAUUAAUAAAAUCUAAAACUAGGUAUAUGAUUAUUAUUGAAAUUGGAAAUUUUAAUUCCCUCACUAUGUUCGGGGAAAACCUUAUACCAAAGUACUGAAGUGGUAAACACGU